UUCUGAUUUUCAUUCUCAUAGGCAGUCGCACAUAUCUGCAGGUGUUACCAUUGUUUGUUUUUGUUGGUUUGUCAGUUCUGUAAUUAGAGAAUUUCUGUUACAAUGGAUAUUUUUUUUUAUUUGUUGGUUCUAUCGGUUCUUGUAGUGAAUUCCCAAGUGAUUCAAUUCACCAAGGACAUAGCUCAGGAUGAAGCUCCCAAAUUCACUGAAAUGUAUUUUGAUCAAUUCGUUGAUCAUUUCAACUUCAAAUCGCAUGGAAGCGCAACAUACAAACAGAGAUUUUUGAUAACAGAACAAUACAUGAAGGAAGGUGGACCAAUAUUCUUUUAUGCUGGAAAUGAAGGACCAAUUGAAGGAUUUCAAAAAGCUUCAGGAUUUUUGACAGAGCAUGCUCCAAAGUUUGGGGCAUUAGUUGUUUUUGCUGAACAUAGAUAUUAUGGAAAAUCGCUUCCUUUAGGAGAGAAGUCUUUUAUGGUUGACAACCUUGGAUUGCUGACUAUUGAACAAGCACUUGCAGAUUAUGCGUACUUAUUAAAAUAUCUCAGAUCAAAAUAUUGCAGUAAGCCUUGUCCUGUCAUUGCUUUUGGAGGAAGCUAUGGCGGUCAACUUGCUGCUUAUCUGAGAUUCAAAUAUCCUGAUUUGAUAGCAGGAUCACUCUCUGCCAGUGCUCCCAUUUAUUGGAUAUCUGGACUUGGAGAUCCACAUGGAUUUUUUAAGUCUGUUACAGAUCAAUUUGCAAAGUCAAGCCAAAUGUGUGUGAAUUUAAUAAAACAGGCAUUUUCAGAAACACAAAAGAUGGCUGAUCAAGGAAAAUAUGCUGAUAUUUCAUCAAGUUUUCACACAUGCAAACAAGUCAAUUCAUCUACAUUAGAUCAUUUAUAUAAAUGGGUCCGAAAUGCAUUUACAUCAAUUGCAAUGGUGAAUUAUCCUUACCCUUCUGAUCUACUGGGUCCAAUGCCUGGUCAUCCUGUAGACGUCGCAUGCUCGAAAAUGACAUCAGCUUCAAAUGUAGUAACAGGUCUGGCCAAUGCUGCUGGUGUGUUUUAUAAUGCUACUGCAGUUACUUGUUAUAAUAUUUUUGAAGAUUUUGUUGAUUGCGCUGAUCCAACAGGUUGUGGUCUGGGAGACACAUCCACUGCUUGGGAUUAUCAGGCUUGCACAGAAAUAAAUCUCCCACAGGGAAGUACUGGAAAAACGGAUAUGUUUCCUCUUCUCCCACUCACUCCUGAAAUGAGAGCUGAAUAUUGUCAAAAGAAAUAUGGAGUAACACCGAGAGUGGAUUGGCUUGAUGUUCAGUUUUGGGGAGCUAAUAUUUCGUCAGCGAGCAACAUAAUUUUUUCAAAUGGGGAUCUUGAUCCUUGGGGACCAGGAGGAGUUCAUACAAGUCCUGCACCUAGUCUUGUUGCUCUCGAAGUUAUAGGGGGUGCACAUCAUCUUGAUCUGAGGAGUUCCAAUCCCAAAGAUCCACAAUCUGUCAUUGAUGUACGUAACCAGGAAGCUAACAUUAUUAUGCAAUGGAUAACUGAUUUUUACGAAAGAUAAGAUGAUGAUGAACUGCCACACAAAACAGAUAUUGAAUUAUUUACUUGAAUCUUUUGUGAUUUUCCACCUUUCCAUAUUAUAUUUAAAUUAAUCAUUUAUACCAGUGUUUCAUCGCACUGUCAAUGUCCAUAUCUAAAUAGCCGGAUCGAUCUCGAUUUCAAAUACCUCAGAUUAAUCUAUUUUGCAGCAAUUUUAUGGUGAAAAUAGCAACAGUGCAGUAAAAAAAUGAUUGUGAUUAUGUGAAAACAAUAAAAAUCCAUUUUUAAGUAAUUACUAAUUUCCCAGCUCGCAUCAAAUAUGAAUUUGUACCCUACAAGCAUCAGUAUAUCCAUUUCAUGUUAAUUAUUUUCCAAUGCUUUUUCUGAAGCUUUAUAAAAUCUUGUGCAUGCUGGUGGAAUAAUUUUUUUUGCAGUCGAAUGUACCUUAUUCUGAUUUUUCAUAAUAAAUGCAAUAAACUAAGUGCAAUUUA